AUGUUGGGCAUCACCAUCCUCCCUGUGCUCCUGGCCUAUGCCUCCUGCGAGGACUCUGGCAGGGUCCCCGGCUACUCGUCCAACCUAUCAGCCCGGGUGGUGGGAGGAGAGACCGCCACGCCCCACAGCUGGCCCUGGCAGGUCUCCCUCCAGUACCGCUAUAUUGGCAGGUGGUGGCACACCUGCGGUGGCACCUUGAUCAGCAGCAGACACGUCCUCACAGCUGCCCACUGCAUCAACAAAACCCUGACCUACCGCGUGGGCCUGGGGAAGCACAAUGUGUCGUUGGAGGAUGAGCAAGGCUCCCUGUUUGUGGGUGUGACAAGCAUCUCUGUCCACAGGCAAUUCAGCUCCUCCAGGUUGUGUCUCUCGGCCAGAGAGGGCCUGCAGCCUAUAGUGGAUUACGCCACGUGCUCCCAGUGGGACUGGUGGAGCUACCUAGUGACAAACCAGAUGGUGUGCGCCGGGGGUGAUGGCAUCAUCUCAUCCUGCAACGGGGGCUCGGGCGGCCCGCUGAACUGCCCGGCUGACGACGGGUCCCGGGAGGUACAUGGCAUCGUCAGCUUCGGCUCCAGCCGGAACUGCAAUGUCUACAAGAAGCCCUCAGUCUACACCCGGGUGUCCGCCUACAUCGACUGGAUCAACCAGGUCUCCCUGCAGUACAGCAACCAUGGCCAGUGGCGCCACUCCUGCCGAGGGUCCCUGGUGGCCAACAACUGGGUCCUGACAGCUGCCCACUGCAUCAGGGAACGGCUGUUCCCCAGUCGCCCAGCCCACUCACCCCACCGGCCAGCACUCAUCUCCAAGAGGACAGAUCGCGUGGUGCUGGGCAGGCACAGCCUCUCCACUGUGGAGUCGGGCUCACUGGCCCUCGCCGUCUCCAAGUUCGUGGUACACAAGGAAUGGAACUCUUACCAACCCAGGAAUGACACUGCUCUGCUCAAAGUGGCCAACUCUGUCUCCUUAACUGACAAGAUCCGGCUGGGCUGCCUCCCGCGGGCUGGCAGCAUUCUACCCAACAACUACGUCUGCUAUGCCACGGGCUGGGGAAGGCUGCAGACCAACGGGGGUCUUCCUGACAUCCUGCAGCAGGGAGCUGCUGUUGUGGACUAUGCCACAUGCUCCAGCUCUGGCUGGUGGGGCAGCACCGUGAAGACCAAUAUGAUCUGUGCUGGGGGCGAUGGCAUAAUCUCCAGCUGCAAUGGGGACUCCGGCGGGCCACUGAACUGUCAGGAGGCUGACGGCCAGUGGCAAGUGCACGGCAUAGUCAGCUUCGGGUCCUCCCUCGGCUGCAACUACUACCACAAGCCCUCUGUCUUCACACGCGUCUCCAACUACAUUGACUGGAUCAAUCAGGUAAGAAUCAGUCAAGCCCGGGGCCCCAUGGGCCCUGCCUGCCCUGCUCACCUGGUCCCACGAGGGCAAUGCCCACUCUCCUCCUGA